GACACCACAAAAAAGAUGAGGGUCCAAGGAGGCAGGCGGAGACCUCGUUCCCGGGGGCCCAGAGCCUGCGCCAGCCCAAGGGCGGUCCAUGCGCCGCCUCCUUGCGCUCUUCGUCAGACGGCGGCGGCGGUUACUGCUUCCGAGGUCAUUUUACCCGGACGUAUCUUUAGGGUGCAGACCCGGAGAGCGCCUGCGGGAGCGGGCCAGCCAACCAGCGCCCAAACUUCGGGGCAAAUGACUCCCGUCUGCCCUCGCCCGGCUCUCGGCUACCAUUUCUUUCCGUGUUUGCUCCGCUCAGUGUUUAAAGACGCGCGCAGCGCAGCGCCGAGAGCAGAGGCCGCGGGGCCGCCCCGGCCGCUGUCCAGCACUCGCAGCCUGAGUCGGGGCUGCCGCGGCGCCACGACACCCACCAUCUCCCCCAGCAAGCGGGCUCGGCCUGCGGAGGACGCCAUGCGGCUCCGCUUUGUCCGGCUCUCGGAGCACGCCACCGCCCCGAGCAAGGGGUCCGCGCGGGCCGCGGGCUACGACCUGUACAGUGCCUAUGAUUAUACAGUACCACCUAUGGAAAAAGUCCUUGUGAAAACGGACAUUCAGAUAGCUCUUCCUUCUGGGUGCUAUGGAAGAGUAGCUCCCCGUUCUGGCUUGGCUGCGAAACACUUCAUAGAUGUAGGAGCUGGCGUCAUAGAUGAAGAUUAUAGAGGAAAUGUGGGUGUUGUACUAUUUAAUUUUGGCAAAGAAAAGUUUGAAGUCAAAAAGGGUGAUCGAAUUGCACAGCUCAUUUGUGAACGGAUUUUUUAUCCAGAAAUAGAAGAAGUUCAGGUUUUGGAUGACACUGAAAGGGGUUCAGGAGGUUUUGGUUCUACUGGGAAGAAUUAAAACUUAUGCCAAGAAUAGAAAAUGAGAAAACAUACUUUUCUUAAAAAUAAAGAGUCUUUGCUUAA